CCCACGCGGCUCCCCCUUCAACCUCGCCCAACCGCCACAAACCGAGUUCGAUAUUAUCGCCAUCAGCCUCUACGAUCCCACCUCUCGCACUGCGCAUUGCCUGCCGCCGACUACGGCACCGCGUUUCUGCACGCCCACGGCCGUCCCCCUACCUAUCGACCCAGGCCUCUGCUACCCCGCCGGUCGUGCGACCCAGCCUGACGCGACUGGUUCUUGAUUCGCCCCGAGACUCCCUCCGGGAGAGGAGACACCGCAACCAUGGCCCCGUACGGGUCCGCCCACGCGCUCUCCAUCGGCGCAGAGUCGAGCCCUACCGGUUCUUCCUCGACUCCCAACCACCAUGCGCAAUCCCAACCGCCGCAACAACUGCCAACCCCGAACCAGGCAGGACUACCUCUGAAUGCCCAGCACAAGCGUGUCUAUCAGGCCUGUAUCCCCUGUCGCCGCCGUAAGGUCCGAUGCGACUUGGGUAGUGUCGACAACCCGCACGAUCCUCCUUGUGUUCGUUGCCGUCGUGAAAGCAAGGAGUGCUUCUUCAGCGCAACCCGCCGAAAGCGCAAGACCGACGACGGCGAAGGCAGCGAUGUUGACGAGUAUAUCGUCCGCAACGGUCGCAAGCGAGUUCAGACCAGCGGUAGCCCCCAGCCCUUCAUCGAUCGCCGCGCAUACAGCAACGUGCCCUUGACCCCAGGCGGCUCUGCGGGCCGAACUCAACCACUUCGCCGGCCAGAUGGCUCCAGGGCCGACGGAGAUAGCGACUUCGGCACCGAUGGCGAUGCGAACCAGACUCUCGAGAACCUCGAGGCUCAAACGGUGAUGCGCCGCAGCGUGUUUGGACCCCACGACGCCCUUGACCUGCUCUACAAGGCUGCCACGGAUAGCCCAGUGACAAACCACCAUGAGCGCAAAGACAGCAUGUCUUCCGCCAAACAGCCUCCUCAGCCGCCCCUAGCCCAUGACGGUGUUCCAAAGCACAUUCGUCGAACGACCAUGCCUGUUAGGAUGGAGCAGCCCAUCGAUCCAGAAUUGUCGCAACCCGAGUUGAGUAGCCAACCGGGAUAUAUCGAGGCCAUUGCGGCCUGGCAGAGGUUUCGCUUUGUCAGAGCAGGGUGGUUUACCGCCGCUGAGGCCAUUGAAUACAUCGACUAUUAUUAUAAGUACCUUUCACCUCUAACACCCAUAUCGCCCCCGACUUUUAGCAACCCGGCCUCUCAUGUCACCCUGCUGUACGAGGAGCCUAUCCUGACCGUCACUCUAUUGACCAUUGCGUCUCGAUAUCGAAAAAUGCCCGGCACAGGCGGCCAUUGCCGCUCGCAUGCUAUCCACGAACAACUAUGGACGUACUUGCGCGGCAUGAUUGAGCGUUGUCUGUGGGGGCAGGAGGCUUUCGGCGGUGGUUUCUGUGUGCCCUCUACAGCCAUGUUUGACGAGUCCCAGACCAGCAGCACCGCUCCGUGGCGAGGACUCCGAAAAGGCAGCCUACGAACUUUAGGGACUAUUGAAUCGCUCAUGAUUCUGACCGAGUGGCAUCCACGCGCUCUGCAUUUUCCCCCAAGCGAAGCGACGGAUGAACUCGUGCUUCCGAUGGCUGAAGGGCUAAUGGCCGGGAUGGACCCUGACGAAGACGCGAAUGGAACUCUGGGCCAAAGUUUCGGAGGGAAGCGGAUCGAAAGUUGGCUUGAGCCGGCGUGGAGAAGUGAUCGGAUGUGCUGGAUGCUUCUCAGCACCGCCAACGGACUGGCGUACGAGCUUGGCGUCUUUGACGACAUCGAUGAAAUGCUCAAGGACGAUGCCAUUAUGCGACUCGAGUACAAGGAGGAGGCAUACCGACAGCGCGCCUACCGCAUCAAACGCCUACUGCUUAUCUACACCACUCAGCUUGCCGGUCGUCUCGGCUGGACAAACAUGGCCCCUGACCACCUCCGGAAGAGCGAUCCAGCCAUCUCUCGAAAGCGGCCUGUAUCUCAUGAAGGUACGACGCCCGGCACAAACCCGUCUUCUAUGUCCAACGCCUUCAACUAUGUUCCAGAUCUUGAGCUGGACGACCAAAUUAUUCACUGCUGGGCGGGUAUCAGUAACGCCAUGCACAUGGGUAACGAGAAGCUCUUCCGCUCCCGGAAACACACGACGCAAAUCAUCCAGAGUGGCAAAUACGUUGACCUUUUACGAGACUUUGUACCCUUACUUCGCGAUUGGUGGAGGGAGUUUGAACUAUUCCGGCUGCCUCAGUUCAUCCGACACAUCCUAACCAUCGAAUACGAGUACGUACGCAUCUACAUCAACUCGCUGUCGCUCCAAGCUGUUGUUGAGCGAUGCACCAACAACGCCAACAACGCGGGAAAUGCCAGUAAUGUAACUGGCUUGGGGUUUAACGGACUGUCAGCCAACGGGCACCAGCAGCUCUCUCCGCAGACCAUGAUCAAUUACGGGAAACUCCCACUUGGUCAGUUGGGUGGCUUUACGGCUAAUGACCAGGAGUACAUCCGCGAGGUUGUUGAGGGUAGCCGUAACCUCCUCCGAACCGUCGUUGAUGGGCUACUACCCGGCGACUACCUCAAACACGCACCAGUCCGCACAUAUUUCCGCAUUAUUAGCGGCGCCAUGUUCCUACUCAAGACAUUCGCACUCGGCGCUCCUCGGUCUGAUGUCAAGAUGAGCAUCGAGCUGAUGGAUUCGACUGUCGAGGCACUCCGCAACUGCGUUGUCGACGAUGUACAUCUGGGAAUCCGAUUCGCCGACCUUCUCGAGUCCCUGACCAGCCGAUUGCGAAACCGCUUCAUCCAGGCCCCUACAAUGCAACAGGCAUCAGGUAAGGGGCAGAGCCCUAUGCCAGAUACAGUUGGGCAUGCAGUCAACGGAUCUGCUGGGCCAAACGGAGAGAGCAACGCGAGCUGGGUUGGAGGUCAUGCCCAAAAACUCCGAGACGGGCUCAACGGAAAUUAUCCUCCCUCCCCUUCUCAUGAGGGGAACGGUAUCUCAGCCACACCAUUUGAUCUCUCUUCUGGCAACUUUCCCUAUCCCGGCAACGCGUCUCUUGGGCCAUCUACACCAACAGCUGUUGACAACAACGUCUCUAAUAUGGACGUCAGUCUCUUCGACGAUUGGAAUAACCAGGGCAACGAGAUGUGGUAUCUGCCACCAGGACCAGCCUUCUUCCAGAACGUAGAGAACACUUCGGUCGCGAUGACAGCCGAGGGGGUCAACGUCGGAGGACUUGACCUGCUCGAAUACAUGGCUAUGGACCCAUCGCAAUUUCCGGGACUGGAUCCUUCGGGGCCAUCAUCCAACGUUUAGGGCACGCCAAUUGGACAAUACGAUAUUAUUUGAUGAGCACGGAAGUUUAAUGAACACCUUUCGCUUUUUUUUUUCUUGUCUGGGGACGUUAUAUCAUGGUUAGCAUGAUUUGAUUCCUGAUUCUAAAACAGCGUGUGACGACUUUCCCCUUAUGUUUGAUACAAAAAAGAUGCCCCCAUGAGGGCCUUGGCGCCUUAGUUUUUGUGGUGGGUGGGUGCAUCGAUUUCUGUUUUCUUCACUGGCUUCGUUUGAUUCAUGAAAUCGGUGCUCUUUUCCUUUGUUCAGAUGAGAACCGCUCAAGGCGGACGAAAAGGAUUGACGAUAUUGGCAGGACGAUCAAAACACAGCACUCCCAAAGAGGGUAGAGAUAGCACUGGUAGACAAAUCAACAGAGAAAAUCGAGACAUUGAGGUGUCAAAAUUCAUAAGAUCGUAAAUGC